ACCUCGGCAUUAAAAAGAAAGAACACUGAAACUGCGAGCUCAAGCGAGAGCUCGGGCGUUGAAGCAUCCUCAUCAGCGGCGGCGAGAGCUGAAAUUUCGCAGAAAGCGGGGCCGGAGCAGUUUUCAUACGGCGAUCGACAAGCACUAGCACUGCCAGAUGAUGAAGAUGUGACCGACACAGACGGCCAUGAUAUGGAUUAG